AUGAAGUUCAUGUUUGAGCUAGGAAAACAGCGUGCUUUGAAACAAACCACAAAAACUAAGCUGAAUAAGUUGAUGUAUUUACUGACAUGCGAAGAUAUUCUCCUUCCUCACAACCACUACGAUAAUAAUGAAAAAAAAGAGCCACAAUUUUGCAGCUUUUCUUAUUCAGUUAUAAACCGGCUUCCAUUUAUUCCAGACGUGAAAUCAAGACUACUUGUUAAAGCGCUUUAA